UAUGUCCUUGUCUCUUUCCCUGUCCCGUCAUCCCGGCUCUGAGAUGUUCCAUCUGGUUUGGAAACCAAAGUCGGAUUUCUGUAAUUGUCUCUGAUAUCUCUCACUCGAUAUAGGACUCUUCAAGUCUUGUGCAACGGCUGUCUGUCAAAUGCUCGCCUUUCGACUUGCCGCUCGCACAGGCGGGCGGACAGUGAGAAUCUUGGGCGCGUCUCGACGAUAUCAUGGUCUCGCCAACAGCAGUCUGUUUAAAGUAUCAGAGGAAGUUCGUGAUGCUGUAGCCACUGGAAAACCUGUUGUGGCCCUUGAAUCCACCAUAUACACGCACGGAUUCCCCUAUCCGGAAAGUGUCGCCCUGGCAAAUCUGCUGGAAUCCGUAGUACGUGCCAAUGGCGGUAUUCCUGCUACCAUCGGCAUACUUCACGGGGAAGCGCGGGUUGGCCUCGGCGCAGAAGAGCUCGUCGAAUUAGCAUCCACUGCGGAGAAAAAGAACGCUUUAAAAGUGUCCCGGAGAGAUUUAGGAUACAUCUGUGGUCUAGGACUGGCUGGCAAAAAGCUACACGGAGGAACCACUGUGUCCGGCACGAUGGUACUCGCUCAUCUGGCCGGAAUCAAGGUCUUUGGCACGGGAGGCUUAGGCGGAGUACAUCGCGGUGGGGAGGACUCGAUGGACAUCUCCGCUGAUCUCACCGAAUUGGGACGGACGCCGGUGGCAGUCAUCAGUUCCGGGUGUAAGAGCUUCCUGGACAUUCCGCGUACUCUGGAAUAUCUCGAGACAGAGGGGGCCUGUGUGGCGACAUUUGCCGAUGAACGUCAAGGGCUUGUGGAUUUCCCAGCCUUCUACACUCGCGACAGUGGGAUCAGAAGCCCAAAGACUAUUCAGAAUGAGGCCGAAGCGGCGGCGAUUAUCUACGCACAGACACGUAUUCCUGUCUCGUCCGGCAUCCUUCUUGCCAAUCCUAUACCCUUCAAACAUUCAAUUGCAAGGUGUGAAAUGGAUGACAUCAUUGAUGAGGCUAUUCGUCUUGCUGAGUAUGAGGGGCAUCGAGGUAGUGACAACACGCCUUUUGUACUGCAAAAGAUAAAGGACCUCAGUAAUGGAAAGAGUGUGGUAGCCAAUCGAGCCCUUGUCGAGGCUAAUGUGGAGCGCGCAGCCAAGGUAGCCGUGGAACUCUCCAAACUCGAGCGUUCCGGCGGGUCGUUGAACGAACGACACAUGCCAGCUAUCUCAGAGACCACUAGGGCUGACCGAGCAACUGCAGAAGCAGAGCUGGACCUCAAUCCGAGCACUGAAGCCUUAACAAAUCGUGUCACCAAGGCGGAAAUCGUUGUGGCUGGCUCAUUAGCGAUCGAUCUGUCUUGUGAUUUCUGUCCCACGGAAGCAACAAGCAUCUCCCCUAUCUUGGAGACGUCGAAUCGCGCUGUCAUGAAACAAAGCCUUGGUGGUGUUGGUUACAACGUGGCAAUCGCGGCAAAAUAUCUCAAAAGCUCUGUUCUCUUCUGCAGUGUUGUCGGGGAUGAUCUGAGUGGUCGUACCGCGCUGUCUUCCAUUCGUGAUGAGAACUUGUCCACAGCCGGCAUCCAUGUCCUUCCCGCGUCGUCAGGGGCACGUACUGCGCGGUAUGUGGCUGUGAAUGAUACAAAGAAGGACCUCGUUGUGGCCAUGGCUGACAUGGCCAUCAUGGAGAUGCCCGCGAAAAGCCUAGACUUUGACGGAUCUUGGGAGCCGUUGAUUGCGCAAGCUCAACCACAGUGGCUGGUUGUAGACGCUAAUUGGAGCUCGGAAGUGCUUUCAGAGUGGAUGACAAUCGCGAAGAAGCAUGGGGCUCGAGUGGCCUUCGAACCCGUCUCGACCGGUAAAAGCCGCCGGUUGUUCGGUCAGCGCUCUGCCAUUACGCCGUCCCAAUGUGUUCCUAAUCAUAGUGUUAGUCUUGCGACACCCAAUCAGAUGGAGCUCACAGAGAUGUACGCCGCCGCGCGGGAUGGUGGCUUCUUUGAGUCCGAGGACUGGUGGCAUGUUAUUGACGCUAUGGGGAUGUCGGCAUCUGGGUCGCGAGACCGACUGGCCACCAUGACCUCAGCCGAGCUCGUGGACCAAGGCAUUCCGCAACAAAGCAUACAGCUUCUUCCCUUCAUUCCGUGUAUCAUCACAAAGUUGGGCAGGCAAGGAGUCCUCCUGACGCAGCUACUGCGCCCAGGAGACGCGCGACUCACCAAGCCGGAUACUGCUCCAUAUAUCCUGUCUCGAGCGCCGAUCGAUCAUGCAGUGAUUGGAGGUGUGUAUAUGCGAUUAUUCCCCCCGGCAGCGGUACUUGCGGACGAGGACGUUGUCAGCGUUAACGGAGCUGGUGAUACUUUGCUCGGAGCGGUGAUGACGGGCUUGGCUCGCGGGCACGUGGUAGAAGACGUGUUGCCUUCAGCACAGGAAGCCAGUCUCUUGACGCUUCAGUCCCCUGGAGGCGUUAGUCGCAACCUUGGCACGCUUCCGUUUUUUUGAUCUCACAAUUUGUAUUUGAAUCGUAUCCAACGAUUGAUCUAUCCCACGCAUAAAUGACCUAGCUAUUGGAACAAUUCGAACCCAUCAAUCUCACUAUUUGCUGCCAUAGGUAGCUUUAGCCGAGAAAUGUG